AUGUUUAAAGUGUUUCGCCGCUCGACGACCGAGCCGACUACAAAGGCAGCGCGCAGCAACAGCGUCAAGGGCUGGUUCCAGCACGUGAUCCAGACCACCAAGCACAACAGCAAAUGCACGUGCACCAAGCACAAGAAGAAGACGUCUACCAAGCCACGCAAGGUCAAGCCCUGCGUCGUUGCGCCGCUCGUCAAGAUCCCGCGCAAGUACGAUGGCGACGAGCAGCGCCGCAGCAUGUGUGUGGGCGGCGUCCGUGUCCCGUUCUUGCCCGCCCAAGUGAACGCGUGGAAGCAGAUCCGCCGGGAUUCUGGUGAUUUCGCGCCCAUCGAAGAGGAGGCGCACCGAUGCGACUACUGUCUCUGCAAGAGCGACGUCACGGACGACUCGUUUGACGACGACGACGACGAGUACUAA